AGUACAUUUUUAACUCUCUGUUGGAAGCUUGAGGUUUUAAAUUGCAGCUUUCUAAUAUUUUAUUGCUGUUGACUUGUUGGCCAAAAGUAUGUAAAUUUAGAUUGAAACUAUUAAUAAUGUAUCACUUAUGCCUUUAAAAUUUGACAGGAUAGAAAUGGAUACUCUUCGACUUGAUAGUCUACCAGCUCAACAAGCUGUACCGCAAUCUAGAUUAGCAAAACGUAAUUCAAAUAAUAAAACACCGUCAAAGAAUCCUAAAACUCCUGGAAAAUCGAAUACACCUGGAAAACCUAAAACUCCUAAAACCCCGGGUGGAGACCGUUUCAUACCUAAUAGAAGCACUACCAACUUCCAGCUUUCAAGCUUUCUUCUUCAGGAAAGAAGUCUAUCAAACGAGGGACUUAGUCCUAUGAAGCAAGAAAAUCAAAAAAUUAUUAAUGACCAUUUUAACAUUGACCCUAAUACCAAAAUCCUAUCUUUUAGAGAUAGGGCGCCCCAGCCGAUUGAAUGUUUGUAUAAUUCAUAUAGGUUCCACUUGAAAGUUGUUAUCAAUUUACUUUCACCACUUUUAGCAAUCGAUAAAUCCUUACAAGGUGCAACAAUCGGAUCAAGCAGUGUUAAAUCAUCAACCAAGCGUCACAUCCCUAGCAACUCAGAACGUAUUUUAGACGCUCCAGAAAUUCGAAACGACUAUUAUCUAAAUAUUUUGGAUUGGUCAUGCUCAAAUCUUAUGGCAGUUAGUUUAAACAGUCAUGUUUAUGUAUGGAACGCAACAACUGGUGGAAUAGAGCGUUUAAUGAGUUUAGACGAAGGAGAUUUCGUGGGUUCUGUUAGUUGGAUGGAGGAAGCAGAUUAUUUAGCUGUUGGUACAAGUGAUGGAAUUGUACAACUUUGGGAUGCAAAUACUAGUCGACUAAUCAGAAAAAUGGAAGGUCAUAAUUCAAGAAUUCCAAGUUUGUCAUGGAACAAAUAUAUUAUUUCUAGCGGCAGUCGUGGUGGACAAAUCAAUCAUUACGAUGUCAGGUCUAGAAACCAUCAAGUAUGCAGUACAAACGCUCAUACUCAAGAGGUUUGCGGUUUAAAAUGGUCCUGCAACAAACAAUAUUUGGCAUCUGGCGGUAAUGAUAAUAAUCUACUAAUAUGGGAGGCUCAAGGAGGGCAAUGUUUCACUCAAAAUGCACCACUUCAGACUCUUUCACUCCAUCAGGCUGCUGUAAAAGCUUUAGCUUGGUGCCCUUGGCGUGAGCAUGUUUUGGCAUCAGGAGGUGGUACUGCCGACAAGACCAUCCGUUUGUGGAACGUGACAACUGGUGAUUGUUUACAUUCGACCGAUACGAACUCUCAAGUGUGUGGACUACUCUGGUCUAGCCAAUACCGUGAAAUUAUAAGUGGUCACGGAUACGCUAAGAAUCAUCUGUCGAUUUGGAAAUAUCCAUCGAUGAGUCCUCUUGUUGAAUUAUUGGGUCAUUCGCAAAGGAUUUUAGCUCUUGCAAUGAGUCCGGAUGGGCAGACUGUGGUUUCUGCUGGUGCAGAUGAAACGUUGAGAUUAUGGAAAUGCUUCGCAGUUGAUCCCAAGAAAGCUCGAAAGAACGAACCGCAGUUAUCUUCGAAAGUUAUGAUGGAUUUUACUAAAAUACGUUAA